AUGGAGGCUCAUCUGAGACCUCUCUGCAGCCCAACAGCCAUCUUAUGCCCCAAGCCUCCAAAUAGCAAACUACCACAGUUACUACAAAGGCCCACUUCGUAUACUUCUCGUUUUUGGUACACUGUCUCUACAAAGCUUUCAAGCUAUUGUCGAUUUCCUCCUACUGUUUUACUUGCGACACCGGAGAGUCAAGUAAGCACGGGGCUCAACACCGACACAAGAGAAUGGGCAAUGCAAGAUUUUUAUUUCUUAAGAAGAGAUGUUGAAACCAUGGCGGAACGUGUUAAAGAGAUAAGAGACUCUGCCUGUCUGCAACAGUUAGAACAAGAAGUUGCAGAUUUGGAGUUGAAAGCAGCUGAUAGCUCCUUUUGGGAUGACCGAGCUAAAGCUCAAGAAAACCUUUCGGCCCUGACUGAUGUUAAAGACAGGUUAAGAUUGCUGAAUGAGUUCAAAUCACAGGUUGAAGAUGCAGAAACAAUAGUCAAGCUAACUGAAGAGAUGGACUCUGUAGAUAAUGCACUUCUUGAAGAGGCUGCCAGUAUCAUCAAGGAAUUGAACAAGGGAUUGGAUCAGUUUGAGUUAACUCAACUUCUUUCUGGGCCUUAUGACAAAGAAGGUGCUGUCAUCUUUAUUACAGCUGGUGCUGGAGGAACUGAUGCACAGGAUUGGGCUGAAAUGUUACUCAGGAUGUAUGUGAGGUGGGGAGAAAAGCAGAGAUACAAGACACGAGUAGUUGAGAAGUCCCAAGGAGAGGAAGCUGGAAUUAAGUCAGCGACAAUCGAAGUUGAAGGUCGUUAUGCUUAUGGGUAUUUGUCUGGGGAGAAAGGAACACACCGCAUUGUGAGGCAGUCCCCUUUUAAUGCCAAGGGUCUUCGCCAGACAAGCUUCUCUGGUAUUGACGUCAUGCCUCUUCUACCUGAAGAGUCGUUGAAAGUUGAUUUACCUGAGGAGGACCUGGAAAUAAGUUUUUCAAGGGCAGGCGGGAAAGGAGGGCAGAAUGUGAACAAAGUUGAAAGCGCUGUCCGGAUUACUCACAUCCCCACUGGUGUUACUGUUCGCUGCACAGCACAACCACAUGACCUCUAUUUCUUCUUUGACUACAAUGCAGAAGAGAGAUCCCAGCUUGCAAACAAAAUAAAGGCUCUAAGCAGGUUGAAAGCGAAGCUGUUAGUGAUAGCUGAGGAGCAAAGGGCAUCAGAGAUUAAGCAAAUACGAGGAGAUGUAGUGAAGGCAGAAUGGGGCCAACAAAUAAGAAAUUAUGUGUUCCAUCCGUAUAAACUGGUGAAGGAUGUAAGGACAGGAUACGAGACGUCGGAUAUCACUUGUGUAAUGGAUGGUGAUUUAGAGCCUUACAUUAAAGCUUACCUCAAACACAAAUACAGUAUGAAGGUGACUGCUGCAGGUGUAGUGUAG